AUGAUUACUGAAAGCGAUGAAUGCAGGAGCAGGAGGAGCUUAGUGUCUGAUCUCGAUCAAUUAUCUUUUGGCGAUUUGCUGGCUCUGGCCAACGCAAGAUCAGUCGUUUUUGAAGGAAGAGGUGAAGCAGCAACAGUGAAGCUUGUUGAAGAAACUAAACCCAACAACAACAGAGAUCCUUCUGAUGGUUGUCGACGAGACAGAUUGUGUGAGAUUAAGUAUGUCCGGAAGAAAAGAGUGAGAUCGACAUCUGUUGCUGGAACUUGUAAUCUUGCCAAGAAACCAAAAUGCAUUCUGAUUCCCCACAUUUUGCAAAUAAUGAACAAAGAGACCCGCAAGAGAAAACGCAGCCAACGUAAAAGCAAACCCAAGAAGAACUGGGGCUCAAGUCUAGGCGAGAGAAGAGAAGGAAAGAGACGAGCUUGUGGCCAAAUGGACUGUGAUGAAGAUAUGGUUGUUUCUAAAGCUGAGACAGAGGAGGAAGAAGUUUCUGAUGUUUUUGAGUCUGAAGGUUUUCUUCAUCUUCUUGAAGAGACCGAGACAGAGGAGGAUGAUGUUUCUCUUGUUUCUGAGUCUGAAGAUUGUCUUCCUCUUCUUGAAGAAGCUGAGACAGAGGAGAAUGAUGUUUCUGAUGUAUCAUCUAGCUGCAACUGGUUGAGUUUCCCAACUCAACCUCGUACUUCUAAAGGGAUGAUAAGACAUGUUCAAUGGAGCAACAAAAAGAAGAGAAACUGCAUGACGUGUACCGCAAGAUGA